CCGCUCAUUCUUAAACCAGCACUUGACAGUACUCACUUUCACAACAUAGACAAUAUUUCAUUCGACGCUUGUAUGUCCCACUCGUUCUUAUUAUAUUUCAGUGGUUCCACUUUUUAGCCUAUGACUUGGGGGUAUUAUUUAGCCUUAAAAUACUUAGCUGUCGCAGGUGUGAAUGGGGCUCAAAGGUAAAGGCACUGUCUUGAGGGAGGUUAUUUUUGCCACGCGCAGGAUCUACGGAUGUCAAAGUGCAGAAACCUGUCGCAGUGAUAUCGAGCAGUAGACUAUUUCUUCUUAUUUCUAAAAGCGAGUUAUUCAGGGGGGCUGCUGCAUUGAUUUUACAGUUACAAAGAUAACCAACUGAAACGGGGCUGACGCCAACGUUGUAUGGAACUGCUGUAGGUAAUGAAAUGACAGAUUUUCUCACUUUUUCCGCACUGCUCCUGAGCGUCGUGUUGCUACUGCUCAGCGGCAUCAUCACACCUGCAUACACAGAUGAUGUGUGUAGCUGCACCGGAAAGUCCAGGUGUCACUGUGAUGGAGUAAAAGGCAGUAAGGGUGAGCCUGGGUAUCCAGGUUAUGAUGGGUUGCCUGGAGUGGUUGGUUAUCCAGGUUUUGAAGGUAAUCCUGGACCUUUUGGCCCUAAGGGAAAUCUUGGCUUUCCUGGAUUGUCAGGACCCAAAGGCUCACGGGGUCUCCCUGGGAAACCUGGGUUCUCUGGACCACCUGGGCAGCCAGGAAUCCCAGGAAAUGAAGGACCAAUGGGGCCAUCAGGAACCCCAGGAUGCAAUGGGACGAAGGGGGACAGUGGAUACCCAGGGUUACCUGGGGUGCCGGGACCUGUUGGAUUACCAGGUGUUCAUGGAUUGCCAGGAUUUAAGGGAGACUCUUACUACUUCCCACCCGCUGCUGAGGUUGAUGGACAUCUUGGACCACAAGGGAGAGAUGGUGUGAAGGGUCAGCGAGGGUUACCUGGACUGCCGGGUCUUCCUGGGCUGGAGGGACCGAGCGGGACUCCAGGAUUACCUGGGGUGACCAAGGCCCCCCCGGGAUACCUGGACAGAAGGGCAUAA